AUGGAAAAAAAUCACCAAAUACUGAAAUAUGCUAAUCCUUUUGCCAUAAGCAAGGAAUUAAAAUCGUACAUGUUAAAAGUGAUGGAUGAAUAUAAAAAACAUUUUGAAAAAUCUUUCAUUAAAAAUUGCAAUUUAGAUGAUAAUAUAAAUGUAAUUAGAGA